UGAUAAGAUACCGUAGCCUGCACUCUACUGAGAAAAAAAUGACGUCAUUUACUGAAUUUUGUUCCUCGCAUCAUAAUUGCAUGUGAUGGCACUUGAGUUUGUUAUCUUUCUGCUGUUUGAUAUUCCUUACUACGUAUACAUGUACAGUAUACGUGCAUUGGAUAAAAAGUAUUUGUCGAGCUGUGAUGACACAGGUGGUACAUGUACAUGCACCUUGUCUUUGUUUCUCUGAUUAAUAGGGUGAAAUUCAGCUGUGAUAUUGUCAUUUUGGUGACGUUUUUGUAUCUUGCCAUUGUAAAUUAUCUAAUUUUCUACUUUGACGUUAAACUCUAAAUACAGGUAGCUUGUGAGCAGUAACAACUCAAAGUGAUUGAGUGACGCCAUUAUUGGAUAUAAGCGUUGGGACACCUUGCAUCAGAAGAAUCAUCUCGAUUACAGACCCAGAGUUCCACAACAAUGCAAAGACAUUGAUAAGAGGUGUGAGGGUCAUUUUCCAACUUUUCAAGAAGACCUCUAGGUCUAUCCAUAGACAGUCAAAGAAACAGUACCACAAGAUGGCUUUAGUACGGACUAGAAACUGCGUUUUAGCAGUGAAGCUUUUCACAUUUCUGGCAAUCCUGUCCUGUGUGACGGACUUCACAGGAGCGCAGAACCCCAGUUUGGAUCCCAAGAAUGAUAGUAUUAUCCGAUGGGGCGAGCUGCCCCCGGUCCCCAUGGCUACCAAUGUUACCCCAUCAGGAUCCAGACCAAGUACGCUUGCCGCUAUGGCAGAAGGGUUCGUAGACAUCGUUCAGCCAAGUGGCUUACCUCUGGAUUACAUCCAGUUUGCUCUAGAAACAACUGUCUAUAAUAAUACUUCAUACUAUGAGGAUAAUUGGCAGACAGAAAUGUGGAAGAUUAUGGGUCUGUUUGUGGGCAUCAUCGUGUGUGUGUUGUUCGGCAUUCUCUACUUCAUCAUCGUGCCCAUCACAGGGUUCAUCUUCAGCUGCUGUCGAUGCUGUGAUCGAUGCGGAGGCAAGAGGGUACAACGAGAGACCAAGCACAUGGGAUGCAAGAGGGUAACCCUCACCCUCUUCUUCUUCUCAUUCACUGGUAUCAUCUGGUAAGUAUCUACCUUUAUUAUUUUUUUAAAUUUUAGUUUUAUUUCUAGAAUGUAUGCCAGCAAGCCUAACAUCAAUAAUCAUCUGUGAUAUAAACUAUUAAAGCAAAAUUCAGGAGAACACAGGAUUUCAUGGAAAACAAUUUUUUUCAGGACCAAAAAAUGGAAUUACAGUUACUUAUUCUCUUUAACUGGUAUCAUCUGAAAAAUAUUUACCUUUCUUAUUUCUUUAAAUUUUAGUUAUAGUUCUAGAAUGUAUGUAUGUCAGCAAUCCCUGCACCAAUAAUCAUUUUCAGUUACAGUAAAGUCUAGUUUUCUGCGAUAUAAACUUAUGCAACAGAAUUCAGAAGAACAUGGGAUUUAUCAGAAAACAGAAUUUUUCAUGACCAAAAAAAUUGAACUACUAAUUACUUUUUUUUUCUUUCACUGGUAUCAUCUGGUAAAAAUUACAUAUUUCUUUAAAUUUCAUUUCAUUUCUAGAAUGUACAGUAUGCUAGCAAGCCCACAAUCAGUUAAAUUUUGAUAGAGUCCCUAGACGUUGGCGAUACAGAAAAUGGAAAAAAUAAUGAAAAAAUUGAAGAGCACAAAAUGUUAUGGAAAACACAAUAUUCUAGGACCAAAACUUUUCUGAUUUUGAUUGGCUUGAGAAGCACAUGUGACUGUCACUAUAGUGCUAUUCUCUCCUGGUAUGAAGCCUGUAUUAAAUUUUGUUAAAUCUAUUAUUUUUAUUCAUUCUCAGACUUUAAAUAUUAGAGAUUCAGGCAGGCUUGAUAUAAGAUGGACACAUCUUUCAAUAUCAGUAUCCCUUGAUAUUUCAUUUUGAGGAGAAUCAUGAUUCUUGAGAAGCAAGACCCUUUUCAACAACUUUUUUUGUAUGUUUAAUGUUGAACAGUGAAUGCUGAUCAUUUCCUUCAUGAAACGUUAAUUGGGACAACCUUUUAUACCCCCAUAAUGUGAUGGCACAAUUUUCAAAGAAUGUUGACUGUAGGCUGAGCUUGCACCAUUUGCAAUUAGACUUUAUUUGGUACCAGUAGAUACCAGUACAUAAACCGCUCUGUUUGGGCGUUGCCAAUUUCCCUGGUCUAUAGUUACAGUGAUUCAUCCUAUUUAGGCGGGACGUCAAUAUCCGGGAGGGGUGUGCAAACGCGUUUGCACGCCCUCAUUACUUUUCAUGCACGGGCUUGCACGCCACGAAGUUAAUGAGGUUGAAUUUGCAUAUCAAUAGAGCACCCCUGCGAUCAUCGCGGAGUGACAUAACGAGCCCGUGCAGUCGCGUUCUGGCACUUCUAUUGUUCCCGGGCAUUGGGCUGGCAAGCCUAGAGGAAUUUAUUGGCGCGUGUAGAGAAGUUCCUUACCUCAAUUGUUCGCCGUGAAAUGUUGUGAGGGUGCAACUACUAGUAUAAUGAAUGACGAUGUGUGCCGUAAUUAAUUGGUUGGAAGGCGUGACAAGUAUUCAAAGGGACAAGAACCUGGACGCAAAAAUUUUGCUCCGGCGAAUCGCUUAUUCAUGCUUACACCUUCGUCACAUUUGCUAUACGGCGGCCGUACGGCGAGUCAAUAACAGCCGUUUUAACAUUUUAUGUACGAGCUACAUAAUGUGGUUUGUAUAAAAAUGAAUAAAACGGCUGCAUUCGACUCGCCGUACGGCCGCCCUAGAGCAAAUGUGACCAAGGUAUUAGUACCUGAUGAUGUGAGCUUCCAAAAAUAUGUAUAUAAUUCCCGUAAAUUCCAGACAAAGAUGGAAAGGGAAAUAAUUUUUUUGUCAAAGCGUUCGAUCAACCGCGGCGACCGCGCACAACGUCUACAGGCGCUGGACCCACUGAAUCAGCUUGCAGAGCUCUGUUCGCUCCUGAAGAUGUGACUACAACCGUGCCUAUAAUAAUUCCAAAAGCGCUGACAAAUACGGCCGCAUUGUCACUUGUACGUGAUUCCUCCAAAUUAGUCCUCAGAAAAGUUUAGUCACGACUCAGUAUCGUUCUUGCGGUAUACCCGCACGCUUAAUAUCAGUUUAAUAGAUACCAUGUGCGCGCAAGCAUACACAAUACAAGGUACUUGAGGCAGAGCUUUGCCGCUAUGAAACAAAAUUAUCUUUACGCUACGUAUAGCUCCAAUAGCUCUAGCUUUUGCAGUAGCGUACGCAGAAUUUUUGAAAGGUAGAGUUCGAGUUCAAUGAAAAUUUGACAGAGGUUUUCACUCCCCCCCCCCAUUAGGUCUUUUCAUAACAAAAAAAUUACAAGCAAUU